GUCGGACAUGCGCAGUACACUGCCCGUUGAAUUCCGUUACGCACUUUUCUUCCGUUACGAGAGUCAAUCCGCAAGUGGCUAGUGGUAAAAGGAAAGGUAAAAAGCGACGCCGGACUUAAAGAAGCGGGAGAGAUAGUGUUUUAAACGUCGCGGCAAAUCCUCCCCACUUCUCGAAGGAACACACACCAGAGGAACGCGUCGUCCUAUCGGGCCUGUAGUGUUACGUUCUUACGCGAUGUUGAGUGAGUGACGUAACCUAAAUACAAAUAUCGCCUAUCGCCGAUCAAGCCUGAUUAAAGGAGAAUCAUAAUAAAAAACCGACAGUUUGAUUCAGAGUAGAAUACAUAGGCACGUGCACUUCUACAGACGCACAGAAACACAUUUUCUCUCUCCUCUACUUCCGUUCUAGUGUUUCCGUGUGCGGUAAUCUAACUCGGCGAGCGAGUUACAGCCACCGCGUACAGUGUUAACGUCUUCGCAAACGGUUCGAAGCCGUUGUCUUCUAGCGGAGGUCCGCGGAAAAGUUCCCUUUGUGCGAGAGAAAAUUAAGUGUCGCGUGCUCGCCAAUUUCUCUUUUGAGGAAGAUAGAAAACCAUGGCGGAAGAUUGCAUCGAUGCCGAUUAUCUCGGUGCUUACAGCCGUUUUUUCACUGAAUUCAUCGCCAGGGUGAACCCGUACGAUCAGCUGCCUGUCACAGUCAGCUCGUACAAUGUGACAGACGCCGAGAUCGUCGGCGAGAUCAUUAACGUGACUCUACAGUACCUCAACCAAACGCAAUGUCCACCAAGCUUGCAAGCACACUUGGUUCAUCAAGUAAUACAAGAAAUCAAAUCCAUGUGUAAAAAACAACCAGAAGAUUGUGGAUACAAAGCACAAGAAAAAACAUAUACCUCACUGAAAUUAAUGCAAGCCAUCACUGGCAAAGUUAAUGAAAUAUGUACUCGCUACCUAGACAAUAGUAGAUUAGCAUUACUACCACCUCCACCUUCUACACCACUGCCACAAGUAAUAGCAGGUGGAAAUAGAAAUUGUAGAAGAAAAAUGGAGGAUCGCUAUGUAGUCUUGCAUGACUUACAUGCUACUUUUGGUAUUGAGGAUGAGUCCAUAGCAAAUUACUAUGCAGUAUUUGAUGGACAUGCCGGACAAGAUGCAGCUGUAUAUUGUGCUACACAUCUUCAUCAGUAUUUGGCAGAAAGCAGACACUAUCCUACUGAUCCAGAGCGUGCCUUACAUGAUGCUUUUAUUACUACAGAUACACAAUUUAUAGAGAAAUCUAAAACACAAAAAGUAUGCGGUGGAACUACUGCAGUUUGCACACUGUUAUUAAAUAAAAAAUUAUAUGUUGCCUGGGUUGGAGAUUCUUUAGCUAUGCUAAUAAAAUCUAAUGGUGUUGUACAAUUAGUAAACCCUCAUCGCCUUAAUCGUGAAGAUGAAGUAGAAAGGAUACAAAGGGUGGGAGGAGUAGUGAUGCGAAGCGUUGGAAUCAUGCGAGUUAAUGGAGUAUUAAGCGUUUCAAGGGCUAUAGGUGACGUUCUUUAUAAACCGUACGUAACAGGUGAGCCGGAAUUAGGGUGGGUUAAUCUGGACGGCAGGGAGGAUUUUCUAGUUAUUGCCACGGACGGAUUGACGGAUUACGUCAGGCCUGCGGAGAUAGUGACCAUCCUCUAUCACGAGAUACAACGAAAUCCGAACGGCUUGAAACGCGCGCACCAGAUCCUGCUGCAGUGGGCGAAGCACGCAGGUUCAAAGGACAACAUCACCUUGGUUGUGGUCUUGUUAUCCAACGCCAGCGAGAUCGCAGCCAGGCCACUAAACGCCCAUCCGUUCUAUCGCAUGCAAGUGGAUGAUAUACUGGAGAAAAUGAACUCGAAGGACAAACCGUUGUUCCUGGACAUCGACGACGCACACAACGCGAUCAACUCGAACAUCCUGAAGCAGACCAUGCUGUCGCAGGAGCCGCGUGACCACGCGGACGACGGCAUCCUCGCCGCGAGCAACGGCAAACACGAGAACGGCGACGCGGAUUACGAUUACUCGGACCUAGGCCCGGAAACCGACGUAGACGCUAUCGACGACGUGCCCACUCUACCCGUGAAGAAUCUCUCCUACGAAUUUUACAAGGACAACGACGCGAAUCCCGACUCCGACAUCAAGGACACCAACUUGCUGGACAACGUGGGCAUCAAUCAGACGCCGGACAUCAACGUGAAAUAUCAGCCGGACGCGGAGAACAAUUUACACGGGGACGACGACGACGACGACGACGAGGACGAGGACGAGGACGAGGACGAGGACGAGGACGAAGACGAGGACGAGGACGACAAUAAAGUAAUCGACGAAUUCUCCACGCCGCAAGUGGUCCAGAAGGUAGCUCCGGAACUGAUACGCGAGGACAAUUUCGCGGUUCUUCAUGACGUGGUCCGCGAGCUCAUCGAGGAGAGCGCGGAUGACGAGGAGAUGCCGAUGAAGAACGAGGACAGGAUCGACGACGAGGCGCGUGACGUCGGCGAGCAGGGACCGGUGGACUACGACGACUCCCCGCCGUCGCCGCAGGAUAACAAACCUCUUCAGCAUGCGCUGAUUCCUGAAGCAGAUAAUGUAGCGGACAGUGAGGAUUCGGAAGACGAGUGGAACUACUACCGCGUUGAUCCGAACAAAGAGAAGGACACCGCGACGCCCGACGACGAACAACCACAAGAAGCGAAGAACGAGGAGGAAAUUGAAACCCAGGAGGUUCCUGUUGAAAGCAACGAUUUGAAAAUCCAGUCCCAAGACCUAGGCGAGGAGAUUAAAUGCGAAAUUCCGAAGGAAGAAUCGCCUGAGCUUAUUGACACAGAGAUUAGCGCAGAGCAUAAAGAAGAGGAUCACCAAGAGGAGAAACCUUUCGUGGAAGAAAAGGAAAAGUCGAAAGACAUGGAUUUUCAGCUGAACCCUGACGCAGCCGAGUUCGUCCCAGUCUCGCCUCAGUUUGCAGGGGCCCGGUUAAAUCUUAUGGACUACCCUAUCUCUGGCUCGCCCUUGAAGCAAGUCCCCCAAAUGGAUGACAUCCAAGUGCCCAGCCAAAGCGAGUUCGAGGAAGAAGUAUGCCAGCGACCUAGGGAAGUCGAGUCCGAGGACAAAGAAUAUCAAAAUGGUAUACACCUGCAGUGCAACGACGUCACUGACUUUAUGGCCGAACGGCAGAAGAACAUCGGCUUCUCAGGGAACCUAGACGACUCGGAGAUCUCAUCAACGAAAGCGGAGUUCGGCGACGAGUCGUCGGCCAGCUUCCUAACAACCACCGAGUUCCACAGAACCGGGAUAUCAGCGGUGGACGAAUCGUUUUCAAGUUCAGAGCGCGACUACGACAUAGCCAAAGACCCCAUGGCCAUGUCCUUCACUCCCAGCGACUUCGAGGCAGCGUUCGACAAGGGCGUCGACCUGAACGCAGUGCACAAUCUUAGCAACACUGACCUGGACGACAAGAACGGUAGCAUAGAAGAGGAGGACGAGGAGCAAGGUCUCGCAGUACAGUCGCCAGAAUUGCACCCUGAACUCACGACCCUGGUUUCGCCAGAAGCCGAGCAACCGUCGCACACGCCAGCCUUCCCCGGAGAGCCCGCGGACCUCGUGAACUUGUCUUCGCAGCAAGAAGAGAGCGAAGCCACUUUCAUCGAGCACCCGGAUAAGCCAAAGUCACCGUUCCAGUUCUUGAACAUGCAGUCGGAGUCUUCUCAGAUGGAGCAACAAGCAGCCACAAGACCCGAACAUUCUCCUCUGACAGAGAAUUAUUCUGCAGAGUUCGAGUCGGACAAGGAAGCCGUGUCCGUCGACAACGAGCAGCCUCUAUCGCCUUCUAGCGCCGACAUCGACGAAACCAAACCCAUCGAUGAAACCAGCGAGGAUGCUUUGCUCCCAGGAAGCGAAUUCCAGAAAGAAACCAGCAGCAUUAAAGAGACAGGCACACCUUCCUCGUUGUCACCUGAACCUGACAUUAUGGCUAGUGACGUCGUAGCACCAACAGAGAGUGCUGAACCACUUUUCGAACCUCUUCAAUCCACGCUAAAACCUGACGCUACGGAAUUCACACCUGGACAAUACGCCGUGCAAACAAAUGUAGAAUCUAGCGAUGUUUCUCAACCCAUGGAAUCUAGAGAUCUUUGCCAGUCACCUGUCGCAAAAUCGGAUGCCUGUUCAGCUUCUCCCGUGGAAGAAGUUGAUGUUCGACCAUCUUCUCCCAUGGAAAAAGUUGAUAUCCGUUCAUUUUCUCCUGAGAAAAUACUAGACACCUCUGAACAGCCAGCAAUAGAGACACACGACGUUUGCGAGUCUUCUCCCCCAAAAAUUAAUGACAUUUGUGAACCGUCUCUGGUAGAAGAAAAUGCUAUUUGUGAAUUGUCUUCGUUCAAAGAUGAUGUCUGCGAGUCGUCUCCGUUUAAAGAUGAUGUCUGUAAGUCGCCUGCGUUCAAAGAUGAUGUCUGUGAGUCGUCUGCAUUCAAAGAUGAUGUCUGUAAGUCGCCUGCGUUCAAAGAUGAUGUCUGUGAGUCGUCUGCAUUCAAAGAUGAUGUCUGUAAAUCUAAAUCAGAGCUGGUCAACCUUUUGCAUACGCCAAUUUUUUUCACAGACAAGUUCAGAUGCGCCAUAUAA